AAAAAGUCGAAGAAGAAGAACCGAAGCGGAGGAUCCCUCGGUGUGCGCAUGCGCGAGUAAAUAAUGGGAGCUGGCGUGAGAGUUGAAUAAAUUCAUGUUCAGUGACACUCCUCUGACAACAAUCUCACAUUCAUCGAUUCAACAAUAAAUGCAGGAAUAUCUGCAUCAGUUCUCAAGUGAAGAGGAGCAUCAAACCAUCCAAGAAGAGAUGAAAUCUGUAAAGAUUGAGUUUAUUAAAGAGGAAAGAGAGGAGAUGAGAGAUCCAGAACCCUGCAGAAUCAAACACACUAAAGAUACUGAAGAACAAAAAGAGUUGAUUGAAGAUAAUGUGGUGAAAGAAGAACUGAGUGAAUCUGAGAAGAAAAAUCAUGUUAGAAGUGGAGAGAAACCUGAACAGAAUGAUUUAAAGAAAAAAAGAACCAAUAAAUCUUUCACCUGCACUCAGUGUGGAAAGAGUUUCUCACGAUCAUCAAAGCUUAAGGAUCACAUGAACAUCCACACUGAAGAGAAACCAUACACAUGUGAUCAAUGCGGGAAGAGUUUCACAAUAAAAAGAUACCUUGCAUCACAUGUGAGAAUUCACACUGGAGAGAAGCCGUUCACUUGUGAUCAAUGCGGGAAAACAUUUUUGUUUGCUUCAGAACUGAAGAGACACCUGAGAGUUCAUAGAAAGGAGAAACCACAUUCAUGUCAUUUGUGUGGAAAGAGGUUUUCACAUCUACAAAAUUUGAAAGAACAUGAGAAAAUACAUACUGGUGUGAGAGAUUACAUGUGCUUUGAGUGUGAAAAGACUUUUACUACAGCAAAGUGUUUAAAACAGCAUGAGAGGAUUCACACUGGAGAGAAACCUUAUAAGUGUUCACACUGUGACAAGAGAUUCAGUCAGUCAGGACACCUGAAAAAACAUGAGAUGAUCCACACUGGAGAGAAACCUUACAAGUGUUCACACUGUGACGAGAGAUUCAGUGUGUCAUCAAGUCUGAAACUACAUGAGAGGAUUCACACUGGAGAGAAACCUUACAUGUGUUCACACUGUGACAAGAGAUUCAGUGUGUUAUCAAGUCUGAAACUACAUGAGAUGAUCCACACUGGAGAGAAACCUUACAAGUGUUCACACUGUGACAAGAGAUUCAGUGUGUCAUCAAGUCUGAAACUACAUGAGAGGAUCCACACUGGAGAGAAACCUUACAAGUGUUCACACUGUGACAAGAGAUUCAGUGUGUCAUCAAGUCUGAAACUACAUGAGAGGAUUCACACUGGAGAGAAACCUUACAAGUGUUCACACUGUGGCAAGAGAUUCAGAGAUUUUGGAAACCUGAAAAAACAUGAGAGGAUCCACACUGGAGAGAAACCUUAUAAGUGUUCACACUGUGACAAGAAAUUCAGUCAGUCAAGAGACCUGAAAAAACAUGAGAUGAUCCACACUAGAGAGAAACUGUACACAUGUGAUAAAUGCGGGAAAACAUUUUUGAGUGCUCCAGAACUGAAACAGCACCUGAGAGUUCAUACAAAGGAGAAGCCACAUUCAUGUCAUUUUUGUGGAAAUAGGUUUUCACAUCUACAAAAUUUGAAAGAACAUGAGAAAACACAUACUGGUGUGAGAGAUUACAUGUGCUUUGAGUGUGAGAAGACCUUUACUACAGCAAAGUAUUUAAAACAGCAUGAGAUGAUCCACACUGGAGAGAAACCUUACAAGUGUUUACUCUGUGACAAGAGAUUCAGUCAGACAAGAGACAUGAAAAGACAUGAGAGGAUUCACACUGGAGAGAAACCUUACCAGUGUUCACACUGUGGCGAGAGAUUCAGUCGGUCAUCAAAUCUGAAACUACAUGAGAAGAUGCACACUGGAGAGAAACCUUACAAGUGUUCACACUGUGACAAGAGAUUCAGUCAGUCAUCAAAUCUGAAACUACAUGAGAGGAUUCACACUGGAGAGAAACCGUGUCACUGCACUGCAUGUGAAAACUAUCACAAGUUGAUUAAAGACAAUGAGGAAAAAGAAGAAUUGAGUGAAUCUGAGAAGAAAAAUCAUGUCAGAAGUGGAGAAAAACCCAAACGAAUGAUUUAAAGAAAAAAAGAACCAAUAAAUCUUUCACCUGCACUCAAUGUGGAAAGAGUUUCUCACGAUCAUCAAACCUUAAGGAUCACAUGAACAUCCACACGGAAGAGAAACCAUACACAUGUGAUCAAUGCGGGAAGAGUUUCACAAUAAAAAGAUACCUUACAUCACAUAUGAGAAUUCACACUGGAGAGAAGCCGUUCACUUGUGGAGCUAUUAUUAUGACAAAAUGAUUUGAAAUUGAAUUGUGUAAACUUGAAUUAUUUGCAAGUGUAAUCCAACAAAAUUGAAUUUUAAGUGGUAGUUUAAAUAUUUCUGAAUUUGAUUUUUUUUUAAACGAAUAUUGAAGAUUUGAAAAUUAACAAACUGAAAUGUUUUAUGGCUGAUUUUUAUAGACCUGUAUUUUCAAACAGCUAGUUUUUUUGUUCUGAAUUCUUAUACUGCAAAUAUUCAUUUAAAACAAAUUCAGAUUCAUGUUUUCAAGAUGAAGAAAUUUGGAACUUCAAAUUCAGUUUUCUAAAAUUCAAUGUCAAAAAUUCAGAUCUUACAGAAAGUAGGUCACAGGUCAUCCACAGGGAAGAGUAGAUGAUCUCAGAAAAGUCGAACAGAGCAUUUUGGCCAAUUGGGGACUGCGGAAGUUUUCCAGCGCGAACGUGGUGGUGGUUCAAGAGGUUGCCACUCUCUGACUCUGAUCAUGAAUCGCCCGGUGUUGUGUAAUAUUCGGUUCCUGUGAAAAACUGUUCCCGUUGGUGGAGUUAACAUGAAUAUUCAUUAGUUCCCUUAUUGUGAGUGUGUCCUUGAAACAACGUGCAAACGAAUGGAACUGAAAAUAUCAGUGCACGCUCGUCAAAUCUCUAUUUGAUUUAAUGGAUUAUUUUGAUCAGGUAACAAAGUGUCAAUGUUAAGCGUUAAUUAGCAUUAACUGCAACAGUGCCAAAACAAUGGAUAGUUUGUGUAAUAUGAUAAAUUGUCUUUCAUGUUUUGCUUGAUUGAUUACAGGCACACAGAAAAACAAUCAAUAAGCUAAUUUAACCUAUCUUAACUAAUAUAGUUUUGACUCUUUGGUGUAUUUCGCUUUUUAUAUAUUUUGUUUGUGAGGCUUUUUUUAUAAUAGUUUGCUUUGAUUAGACUACCUAUUUGUCAUUGGAGAGAGACUAGUACAAUUUGUAUACAAUGCCUGAAACAAACCACUACAAAUGUAUCUGUGUCUUAAUAAAAUCGAUGUGAGCAUCCUG